GCUGUUCACGGAAGCCAUAAUAAAACCCCAGUCUGUGGCGUUGUAGUCCAUGUAAACGCAGAUUAAUGCAGGGGAUUACCGCCCCUUGAGGGAAAGACGCUCAUAAUGAGAAAAGCGUGAGUGUCUUAAGGAGAAAAGUGAAACUGCAAUAACAACCGUAACCUGUUAAACUUCCUGGUAGCGAAAAUUGUGGUCUUUCGUCGGGCAAAUAAUCAAUUUAGGCUUGAAGUUAUGACCUAACGUCCUGAAGCGUCACAGAUUCACAAACGUAACUGGACUAUAGAGUUACAGGUGUACUUAAUAUACAGACAUUGUGCAUAUGUACUGUUACGGGGCAGAGACACGCUGUGCUGUAUCCAGGGAAAUCUUCACCUAUAACUGGGGAGAGUAGUGGAGAGGAAGUGUCCAUCUCAAUGUAACCGGAUAUCAUACAGCCUGGAAUUUAACCAGGAUUAAAUGGAUGUGUAUUGAAACUGCUUUUCCAUUGAUCGUGGACUGGGAGAGAGCAACUGCAAAGCGCCAACAUGGGGAACUGUUGCUGUCCGCAGUCUAGUUCAUGUGACCACACGGUGGAUGAGACGCGGGGGUUGCUGAACUCAGACUCCAAGGCCUUAGGCAGUGUGGAGGGGGCCGAGGUACAAGGUGACAGCCUUCCGAAACAGGUGGCAGAGGACAGAAGCAAACAUGAAGGAGAAGAUGCUGGGCCACAGGUGGUCACAGUGCUGCCAGAUGCUGUUGCCAAAUCUCCAGAAGCACACGCAGAGAGUUCCUAUUCCUCUGUAAUACAGAGUCUGCACACUGAGAACUCUCGUGCUGAACAAGCUCACCAAAGUGCCUCACUUGCAGGUGUGUACAUGACAAACAACACUGGGACCACAGAAGAGACAGGGGAGGUCCCAAACACACCCAUGAUUUCCACUGAAGUGCCCAUAGAGGUAUCUACAACUGAAGUGACAGAGGAAACGGAAGCUAAGAUGGCCAACGGGCUGGCGAAGAUGGAUGAACAAGUGAUAACUGUGCCAGGAGUCCAAGUUGCACCUCUAGAAGAAACGCGCUCUCAGGAGGCCACUGCAGAAAAGUCGCCUCGGGUGCAGGGGGAGACAGAGCAGGAAGUAUCCGAGACCGACAGCGAGAAGACGCAGUCAAAAGAACCUGCUGAGGUUUGGGUUGAUGAGGACACUACGCAAACCAAGGAGUCAACUUCAAAGAUCUCCAUGACAGACAGACACGAUGCAGAAGACCUACUGACUUUGAAUGACAUGGUAAAGAAUGCUGCUGGGGUGGAAAUGCGGACUAUAGAACACAGAAGUGCAAAACCUCAGGUAUCUUCAUCAGAGCCUGCAAGUGAAAUGGAUGUUGUAGAGAAAGAUGUGAGUGCCCAGGUCAUCUCUGCAGAGCAUGCAGCAGAGCUUGCAGACCACGCGGAAGACACAUGUGAAGAAGACAUGUCAUCCGAGAUGGCUGAAGUGACGGAAGACAGCUUGCCGUCUGAUGCUCAGGAACAUUCAAAGCAGGUGUCCUCUCCAGAUAUGGAGUUAAGCAUUGAACCCACUCCUCACGACAUAGAAAACGGCCAACCAGACAACUUGGGUGAUCUGAGAGAUGAGAACACCUCUAAUGUAGAUGCUGCACUUAUGCUAGCGGCAUUGCAGGAGACAGAGACAUCUCCAACAACACGCAAGGAACCUUUAUGUAUUGGAAGUCAUGCACAGCUGCUUCCUGAACCGUCAAGCAACAUUAGCAGCAUUGCUGAGCAGGUGGAUAAGCCUGAGUCCAGAGACACAGCAGCAGACCAAGAGAAGAUCACUCUAUCUAUAGACAAGGAAGAGGAAGUGGCAGAGUCUCAGCUGAACAGCCUGGACUCCUCCGCCCCUGUACAGAAGCCUGAAUUCCCAGAAACUCCUAGUGAUGCUGUUGAGGAGGAUGACGCUGAGCGGAAAAGUGAGGUUACAGGACCAAGUGAAGCACUCUCACUGGAUGAGCACAGUCAGGAAGAGGAGGAGUCGGAGGCCCAACGCAGUGCGAAGGCAAAGCAACUGGCCAUUGUUGUCCAGGAAACGAUAGAAAAAGAAAAUAGCGUAAGCCACAAGGGCCAAAAAGGAGAGAUUAUUCUCACCAGCAGCCAUGCUGUAGAGGUUGCAGUGAUGCCUCUGACCGAGAGUGAAAGCUUCGCAGACCAGAAGGAGCAGGAUGAAAGUGAAGACCUCUAUCAGGGAGCUGAAGAGAUUGAAAAAGAGUCACUCAAAGAGAAGCGGUUGAAGGCACUGCUUGAAAUCACAAUCCCUGGCGUGGACGAGUCGUGCAGCCUGGCCGCUGUUAUUGACAUACUGGCCUACAGCGAGAGUGAGUGGAAGGGCAACACAGCCAAGAGCGCCCUCAUCAGGAAGGGCUACUCCGAGAUGUCCUGCAGUUUUAGUGGCCUGAGGCGUGUGAGGGGGGAUAAUUACUGCGCUCUGAGAGCCACGCUCUUCCAGGUGCUGGCUACCACCACGCAGACGCCAGCUUGGCUGCUGGAAGACGACUUCACAUCGUUGCCAGAGAAACUUGAAGCUCAGGAACACCUGAUUGGUGGAUGGAUGUUCCCCUUAGAGUGUAACAAAGUAGGAGAGAAGGAGAAUGCUGUGGAAAAACUUAAAUGCUACUUGGAGCUCCUACAGAAGAAGUGGCAGACAGCAGCAGAGACGGAGAGCCCGGAGGAGAAGCAGCUGGCGUGCGAGCGCACUUUUCAGGGCCGAGAGGAAGAGUAUGGCCUACUGGAAGCCCUGAAGCUCCUCAUGCUGGCCAGGGCAGUUGAGUUCCACAGCCAGAUGCAUGCGGGACAGGACGUGCCCGUCUUCUGCUGGCUGCUGUUUGCCCGGGACACGUCCGGAAACCCCAGAACGUUCCUCACCAAUCACCUAAGCCAGGUUGGCUUCAGUGGAGGACUAGAACAGGUGGAGAUGUUUCUUCUGGGUUAUGCCUUACAGCACACCAUUCAAGCCUUCCGCCUGUACAUGAUGGAUACAGAGGAAUUUGUGACGCACUACCCUGAUGACCACAAGCAGGACUGGCCCUGUGUGUCCAUCGUCACAGAGGACGACCGCCAUUACAAUGUCCCUGUCAGGAAGGCAGUGCAACAGCAGAAUAACAAUGAUAUUGCCAUGCUCUUGCCUCUCAUGAGCUGAUUAGCCAUAAAAGUGAUUUCUGGAAGGUCAUUGGAGGAACAGACUUGUAUUUUUAUUUGUGUGUUUCAGACAGAGUGCCAAAUGACUCCUGAUUUUCUGCCAGGUUCUGGUUUAUCUUUACAUGUAACACCCCUGUGCUUAGCUUAGAGCAUGCACUGAACUAACAGAAGUACUCAGGGGUUUUUUUGUUUGUUUUUUUGUUUGCAAGCUAAAUCUCGUUCACAGAUAGAAUUCCAUUGAAUGAGUAGUGCUUAGAGUGCAAUGUAGUAAUUUUUUCUCUGGGCCUCAUUUAGAGACAUUGCUUAGGUUUUGUAUAAAAUGUAAGUUUACAAUUAGAUCCCAAAGUGUAAAUUUGCACUAUUUAAUACAGCUACUUAUGAUGAAAUGAAUGGAUAGUAAACCAGCAGAACUUGUGCACAUUCUGAAUGCAAGCUUACCUUUCAUCAUAAUGCGGGUGAUAUUGAGUCUGUUAAAGUCCUAAUGCUGCAGUGACUUACAGUAGGUAAAGCUGUUCAUUACUUAAGGCAGGUAAAAAUUUCAUCUAGCUAAAUGUGAUUUAGAGGGGAAAAAAGACCGCACUGCCUUUCGCAAGGGACAGACUACUGUUGUUUAAUUGUUGUUUUGCACUUUUAAGCUACACCAGAUACUUCCAUGAUCCCACGAAGAGUCUGCCAGCCUUUCUGUCUAAUCUCCCAAAACACCUUGUUGAGCUAAAGGGAAUGGAGUUAGAAAAGAGAGCAAAAAAACUGGCUGAAGGUCCUUGAGUACUGAAUGGGAAACUUACUGCGAUGGUAAUUUCAUAAGUAGUGAAGAUAAAACAGGCCAUGUGCAACAACCAAAUAACACUGUUAUUGGCAUUGUUUGUUUGUUGUUUGUUGUUGUUUGUUUGUUGUUAUUGGCAUUGUUUGUUUUAUUCAGAGAUCAGAUACCAAUGAGACUUUGAAAAUAUUCCAGAAUAUUGAGAAAAGUACUUUAACUUAAGGAUAACUGAGUGUUUUUGAAACACUUUAUUAACUGAGCUGCCACAACUAAAAUGUGAAAAACCAGCCUUUAUAGAAACAUCACUCAGGAGAUGCUGAAGUGUGUCUCAGGUUUUUCCAUGUUGCCCUAGCAGAUAUCUGGAUAUUUUGGUGGAAGUACAGAGAAAGCUUCAUAAAAGAUUACAUAACAGAAUGGACUCUGAACAUUGUCAUUCUUAAUGUAGUAUUAAUUAUAAUUUAAUUAUAGGUUUUGUUUUUCCUUUUGGUUACUCACAUAAAACACACUGCCAAAAAUGUAACUUUCUAUUUUAAUGUUGGUACUAAAGCAUAACUAAUUUAACAAAAAUCAUUUAACUGGUGCUCCACGGUGUACCAGAAGGAUCAUGAAUUGCCCCAUCAUUUAAAACACAUAGUUAUGACAUCAGAGGUUUCCUCAGGUGUCAGGGUCAGGUUUUAUGGUUUUCUUUUUUUUUUUUAUCUGCUAAAUUUUGUUAUUAACAGACUGGUUAGAUUCUGUAUUGUCAAAAAAAAGGAAUAAAUGUAAUAUGGGUGUCUUUU